AGAUCUGCUACGAUUACAUAUUUUCUUGAAAGAAAAACUUUCCGGGUGUUGAAAACAAUGAAUGCAAAAAUGAGCAAACAGCGUGCGCAACCGUGUGAAGCGGCGUUUUCGGGAGGUUUGAUGCCGCUGAUUCAGGCACUCAUAAAACCACCCGAGUCAACGGAUUCUUCAGGGAGGAAUCAGCUGAGGCGGUCCAACCACCCGUAUUAUAGGAAACCAGGUCGGGGACACAACAACGAUACGUGCGAUUCCUGCAAAGAAGGUGGUGAUUUGCUGUGCUGCGAUCGAUGCCCGUCAAGCUUUCAUUUGGGAUGCCAUGAUCCGCCACUUUCGGAGCAUGAAAUACCCUACGGCCAGUGGGUAUGUCAUACGUGCAAGUGUAAAAUGGUAAUAGGAGCUGAAGAUCAGCUUGGUUCGGAUGAAAAGUUGCGCCUUCGCGAUCGUAGCCUCUCACACAAAAGCUCAAAUUCCAGUAGUUCCAAUGGGAAACAUUCCCACGAUGGUGAUCACAAUGAUGCGUUAGCGGUGUACAGUGCCCCAACGACGCCACCGUCGGAGGUGCCGGCACCGGUUCUCGCCCCGUCCGCAUCAUUUGCAUCGACGGUCUCUGUGGCGUCUUCGGUAGAACCGCCUGAGUCCAGUUCUGUCUUGUGCUCCGCGAUGGAGGAGGAAUUUAAGUCUAAUACACCCCUGGAUCAUCUCAUACAGGCGGCAAAGAUUUUAAAUCCCAAGCAGUUUGAACUUCCGCCGGAAAUGGAAACUUACUUUCCUUUUCCAGGGACGGAUAAAGUAGAUAACGGCAAAAACGGUAAUACGAAGCGCGCUAAACUUCGAAAAAUGCACGAGCUCGACAGCCAAGGGCUGGUGCCGCUACCGGCACGAACAUGUCACGUAUGUGGUGCGUCGUGUCGCAAAGCGCCGCUGGUCGCCUGCGACUACUGUGAUUUGCUGUUCCAUCAGGAUUGCCUCGAUCCACCGCUCACCGCAAUGCCAACUUCGAUGUGGAUGUGCCCGAACCAUGUGCAACAGUUUAUUGAUUGGAAAAUGGUGAACUCUAUCUCGGCUACGGAGCGUAUUCGGCUGUGGAAUCGGUUCGGUGGCGAGAUUGACCACGAAACGGUCAAAACGGAAUUCCUCCGAAAGGUGCACCGCAAAAAUCCACCCUUUCGAGUGAAGCAAAAGCUACGCCAACGGGCGAAAAUCAUUGUACCUCCCGCGAUCGAGCAUCUGUACCGGAACCCUGCUCCGCUGCUACCGUCACUCAAAACCUUCCUACGAUCGCGACAGGUAGAUCCGUCGGUGCACUUUGAAGCGGCACGUAAACCGAUCCGGUACGACGAUAAUGUGUUGCUUCAGAUAGUGGAGAGUGAGCUGCAAGCUAUCGAAGCGGCGGACGAAAAGUUAGGAUUUGAGAAGCAAAACACUACCAACCAGAGUGGAAGCGAUGAGGACGGCGACGAUGAUGAUGGUAAGGUGAAAAUGGAGGUAUCUGAAGGCGCAAAGAAUGACAAAGGUGAUGAAUGUUCGGUGGAGGGCGGGAUUGAUAGUACGGACAGUAAAUGUGCAUUAGGGUUUGAAAAUAUUGAAAAUGCGGAUAUCCACAAGGACGGAGACACAGGAAUGACCACAACAGAUGAGGGUUGUGCGGAUAAAUCUGAAAAGAUGGACAUUGUGGUUUCGGAUGAAACUAAACACGAUACUUCUGAUACAAAAGUAGAACGGGAACUGGAUCAUUUGGAUCCGGGCUUGAUCCGGUUGUUGGCGGUGCAGCGAAUGCAACAGAUCAUUGCCGAUAAUCCAGCGCUUGUACGCAAUGCUGCACAGAACACAACGGAAGAAGGAACGACGGUUGCGCAGUUUAACCAACAGGAUGACCGCAGACAAAUGCCCCUCCCAAGUGAGCUGCUCACGAAGGACGACAUUGAACGGAUAGCGCGCGAGUUUACCGCAUCGAACGGGAACAGUACCUUUAAGAUCGAUAGAAAAGGGUCAGAGUCGACCACGAGGAGCGCCGUUACAGAGGAUACCUUGGUGAAGGAAGUAAGCGAAAACAACCGGCCGCUAGAGAGUGUUCGAGAGUUGGCAAAAGUACAAAAUGGGGUAUGCAAUGAUACUACCACCGCCACGCCCAUGGACGGUCUCGGCCAUCUAACGGAGCGUAUCGUAAAGCUAGCGCAACAGUCACAGAUUCGAGUCAGAGCCGCACUAACGUGGAUCGAUUUGGAGCAGGAUGGAUACUUUGCGUUCGAAAAGGUUAAUCCAUUGGACGCGAUCUGCAUGUCAUACCGUUCGUUUACCAUCGGUUCUGGUCCGGGGAAUGACGUAACGUUGGCAAAGUAUGGUGACUGUUGCUGCACCUCUAGCCGACAUGCGAUCAUAUUUUACGAUGAGGUCACGCGAAUGUUCGAACUCAUAAACUAUUCCGAGUUUGGGACGGAAGUGAACGGACAUCUGUACGCGUGUGACUUCGGCGAUCAUACGUCGGGUUCCAAGUGCGGCCCGAACGAAGAUCGAACUUGUGGUUUGGAUGGAAAUGGCGAGCGGAAAAAGACAUCGAAUCAAGAAAAUGGAACUGCGACGGGAGCGGCCGGUGCGAAACAGGAGCAACGGAAUCAAAUCAAACAGGAGCUGGACAGCAUACUAGAGAAAUCGCGUAAAACAUGUGCGCAAACACAAGCUGAAGAGUUUUACACCACCACUUGUAUGGCCGAUGUACCGCUGCCGGUGUGUAAAUGUUUUCCCGAGCGACGAAUACCGACACUGGCCGGCGGAUGGGAGGGCAGUGCCAUCUUAUAUCAUGGCGCACUGAUACGCUUCGGUUGCCAUGCGUUCGUUUUCACCAUCGUGGACUACGACGAUGGAGCAGAUGAGUUUGAGGACUCGUAUCAGGACAGCGAAAGCGACAAUUGAAUGUAAAAAUGCCUCACAUAUUUGAAUGUUUUGAUUUUGGUGGAAUAAAGCAUAAACAAUACUCCA